AUGUCACACCGUUUUCACGUCGCCGGCGCCAGCCAUGUCCUCCUGGACCCAUGGUCUUCAGGCCUCGGCGUGAUGCGUGAUGUCUUAUCCCGGUGGUCCCAGCUCGACAUCACCCAGAUCGGAUCCAUUAUUGCCAUCGCCGGUACCAUCCCGACGGCUUGGAGGUUUCUGCAACACGCCUGGCGGGAAGUGUACGGGUGUAUUCGUCGUUUCUUUCUGGCUUCUGUUACGAUACCCGGAGGUGACCCAGUCAAUAGGAGUGUUGUGAAAUGGGUUCUUGCGAAUCGGCCCCAGCAUUACCGCUCCUUCACCGGACGUACCGAGGUUGGACGGGGAGGCACUGAUCGGGCUGCUGCGCUGAAGAAGACAAGGCAUGCCAUGCAGUACUCGCCUCACUGGGACACAAGGUGGCUUUGGUAUGAAGGUCACCUGCUUGUGGUCACGCGAGCAGUUGGAGACUUCAGCUCGUCGUUGUCGGACCCUAGCUAUGACGGUAUCGGCGGCGAGGAAUUGACGAUUAGUUGCUUCGGAUGGUCCGCAAGACCCGUGCAGCAGUUUAUCGAGGCAUGCCGCGAGUAUGCCGACAGGCAAACGCAGUACUUCGUCAUCAUCUACUCGCGCGACCGGUAUGGCCUGGCGUGGAAGCCGAAGGCCCGCAAACCUCUCCGUCAUCUGGAUACGGUCCACUUCAAUCGCGAGGUGAAGCAGGAGCUUCUUGCCGACAUCCGCAACUAUCUUGACCCCAAGACGCAGAUGAGAUAUCAAAGCCGAAGCAUGCCUUACCGCAGAGGAUAUCUCUUCUACGGACCUCCCGGGACUGGCAAGUCAUCUCUCUCCGUCGCCAUCGCCGGAGAGUUUGGUUUGGAUCUCUACGAAGUUAAGAUCCCCAGCGUCGCGACGGAUGCCGACCUCGAACAGAUGUUCCAAGAAAUCCCCCCGCGUUGCGUCGUUCUGCUCGAAGACAUCGACGCCGUCUGGGUGGACCGCGCGAACCAGCAGAACGGCAGCGUCAGUGGCCGCUCUCACUCACCCGAAGGCAAUCAAUCGCCGAACUGCACGCUGUCUGGCUUGCUGAAUGUUCUGGAUGGCGUUGGAUCCCAAGAAGGUCGCAUCGUCAUCAUGACCACCAACCGGCCGGAGCAGCUUGACAGCGCGUUGGUUCGUCCCGGCCGCGUGGACAUGAAGAUUCUCUUGGGAAACAUCAGUCGAAAGUCCGCCGAGGAGAUGUUUGUGCGAAUGUUCUCGCCUGACUUGGGCUGUACGUCGCAUCUGGACAUGGACGAGAUCAGACAGCUUGCUGUGAAGUUCGCUAGCAACAUACCAGAGAACACCUUUACCCCUUCAUUAUUACAGGGUUUCUUUCAACUACACUUAGAUAGCCCACACGACGCCGUCAACAGCAUAGGCGCCUGGGUUGAGAGAGAGCUGGCUAGAACUCCGUACAGAGAGUUUGAGUUUAUUCAUACCAACGGAAGCGCAUGA